CGGCUGUCUGCCCCCCCUGAAUCCAGCAUUCUCGCCAACAUAUUCAACGCAACCCUUCCUAAAACAGUCCGCAAUCGAGCCAAAAUACCUCUGACCACUCUCCUGCCCUGAGCCCAAACCCCCUUACCUCACUAUGUCAGACGCAGAGACAACAGUUGGAGCCACUGUGAGCCUUCAAGCUCCCAGCGAGGGCGAGACCACCUGGACAGCCACCCAGGUCGAUCCAGCCAAGGACCUGGAUAGCGGAGACAGUCAGGGCCGGCUCUCGCUCGAAUGGAGCUAUGGCCCAGUGCAACUGUCUGGCUACGUCUCGACGGACACCUUCGCCCUUGCAUAUAGCCCAACUAUCGCUGGCAUCAAUCUCGGCACCAUUUACGGCAACCUCAAGGACGGUGUCGCCGUCAACGCGGACUUGAAGACCGUCAAGGGCCAGAUCAAGACGUACCUCAAGAACGGCAACGAGAUCUGGAAUUACAUUGACAUCCAGAUAGCAUACAAUGGUUCAUACCAGGGAGACUACAAGAUUAUGACAUUCUAGACUCAUCCGAGAUUGGCACAGGCUUUUGGAGAAGACGGUGUUCACCCGAAACUGGCGAGGAGUGCGGUGAAACAUCCCGUUGAAGCGCCAUCCGACCUUUCUAUAUUCUGUCCAGUAGCAUGAAUGAAG